CGAAGACAUCAGCGGCGCAACACGAGGGCUGCACCACGAUGAUCGGAAAACUGGCUGCUUUGAUUCUCCUCAGCUCAGCAACUUUGAUUCAGACUGCAGAGGUUCUCCACCAGCUCCCUGUGACUGUGACUGACGCUGGUGACUACGUUACUCUAAUAUGUCCAGUGUCUGACAGGGACGGGUCCUUCUUCCACUGGUUUAAGCAGCCUCUGGGAUUCAUGCCCCAAAAAGUGUGUGCAGGGAUACUCGGCACCAUCACAGUGACUGAGCCGUUCAAAGAGUCGCGUUUCACAAGCGUAAACGGGGAAAACCAAAAUGUUUUAACCAUCAGAAAUGUGAGCAAAGAGGACGAGGCCGUUUACUUCUGUCAGACCGGGACAGCGUACGCUCAGACUGUGGCCAACGGCACCUUCCUGGCCGUGAGAGAGCACAAUCAGCAGGAACAGGUCUAUGUGAAGCAAAGUCUGAAAACUGGGCCGGGUGAUUCAGCGAUGCUGCAGUGUUCACUACUGUCCAACAACAAAGAUGAGGUCCAGUGUCUGGACGAGCAGAGCGUGUACUGGUUCAGAGCCGGAUCGCUGGGGUUCAAUCCAGUCGUCCUUUACCGACACAGGAACAAAAGCGAUGAACAAGAGGCACGAAGCUGCAGCUACAGUUUGUCUAAGACGAUCCAGGACUCCUCUGAUGCUGGGACCUACUACUGUGCUGUGGUCACAUGCGGACGGAUCCUGUUUGGUGAAGGAACAAACGUUGAAAAAAGACCAGAACUGGACCCGGUUGUUCUUGUGCUUGGGGUGCUGUUGGCCUUCUGCGUGACUGUGAUCGGAGGAUUUAUUGUCUGUGGAAGGAGCCGGCACGGUUGUGAUCACUGUAAAGGAGAAAGAAGUGCCUCCACUCAGAAUGGACACAACGGGUCAACUUCACAUGGAUCAAGGGAUUUGGGUGAUGCAGCUGAGGCAGUGAACUAUGCAGCCCUGAGUUUCUCUACAAAGACAGCACAAAGGAUGAAGGUGAAGGAACCGCUGUCACAGCAGAGUUUGUACUCCUCUGUAGAAUACAGACAAGUGGAUCAGCGCAUGCAGCACCAGCCUGCGUAUGAACCACAGAACCUGUUCUGAAGCAUGUAGACGCACUGUCUGCUGUAGACACAGUCAGCAUAGGGUGGUUCUAUAAAACCUACAUAUUGAACAGACAACCAAGUAGACACAUUUGUCUCCUUUAAACCUUCAGAUAGAAGAAUAGAGUCAUCAUUUAAUAAUAAACUAUGAUCAUAUACUGUAAAUUCAUAGUGUACAUGUAAGAGUCUGACAUCAGGGAAAACAAAUUACAUUUUCUGUUUCUUCUGUGUAAAGUAUUAUGAAUUGUCAUUAAAGGUCUAAAAAGAUUUAAAACCAAAUAUACUGAACCCCUUUGUCUCUUAUUUGUACCAAUAUAAAAUAUGUAUCCCUGUCAGAGAGAC